AGCUCGCAUAUCUGUAUGUAAAGGUACCACCUCGCCGGCUUUGGGCUCGCUGCUACGGCUCACAAUGAGUCAGUGUUUGCCCUGGCCACGCCCCCCCAUGGCACACACGGAUAAGUGCGUAUGUAUCCUGGAACAGCGUGGCCUCCCUCUGCCUGGAACUCCACAUUCGCUUUUCUCUCCAGAGAAGUCGGGGAGUGAAUGAAUUCAUUGUUGGCUGAAGAUUUCCCCUUGACAGGGGACAGCGAGACGUGUAUAUUUGCCCCAGAACUCGUCCUGUUCGGCCGGGCUCGGCUUCGCUUUUUUGCCGCGUAACUGUCGGUGUCAGACUCGGAUUUGCCGGAUUUCUCCCGACGCAGACGGACUUUAUCUGUGAAAUAUUUAUUAUAUCUGUAAUGGAAAGUAACUGAACCUGGCACUGCACAGAAGUACUGAGCCUUCAACUGCGGAACCCACUGAGCCAGCCUCUGCCAUGGCGUCCCACCUGAAGUACAUCUCGUUGGGGGUGUUAGUGUUCCAGACCACCACGUUAGUGCUGACAAUGCGCUUCUCCCGCACGCUGAAGGAAGAGGGGCCACGAUACCUGUCGUCCACGGCGGUGGUGGCAGCAGAGGUGCUGAAGAUUGUGGCCUGCGUCCUGUUAGUUUAUAAAGACAACAGUUACAGCCUUCGGUCCCUGAAGAGAGUGCUGCACGAUGAGAUAGUCAACAAACCUAUGGAGACUCUAAAGCUGGCCAUACCCUCCGGCAUCUACACCCUGCAGAACAACCUCCUUUAUGUAGCACUGUCCAACCUCGAUGCAGCCACUUAUCAGGUGACCUAUCAGCUCAAAAUCCUCACCACGGCCUUGUUCUCCGUGUCUAUGCUUCAGCGGAAACUGACAAAGCACCAGUGGAUGUCCCUGCUCAUCCUGAUGGCCGGUGUAGCAUUAGUUCAGUGGCCUGAUGAUUCUUCAAAUGCCCCCAACAAAGAGGUGUCGGUGGGCUCGGGCUUUGUGGGCCUUAUGGCCGUCCUCACUGCUUGCUUUUCCAGCGGCUUUGCCGGAGUCUACUUUGAAAAGAUUCUAAAAGAAACAAAGCAGUCAGUGUGGAUACGGAAUAUACAGCUUGGUUUCUUUGGAUGGAUAUUUGGUUUAAUGGGAGUUUAUAUUUAUGACGGCGAGCGUGUCUCUAACGGGGGAUUCUUCCAGGGAUACAAUAACCUUACAUGGGCUGUCGUGGCUCUGCAGGCUCUGGGCGGAUUGGUGAUUGCCGCGGUUAUUAAAUACGCCGAUAACAUCUUAAAGGGCUUUGCAACCUCUCUGUCCAUCAUUUUAUCCACACUUAUCUCCUACUUCUGGCUGCAGGACUUUGUCCCCACCAGUGUAUUUUUUGUCGGGGCGUUACUAGUCAUUGCCGCUACGUUUCUCUACGGUUAUGUACCGAAGCCGGCGGCAAACCCUAUUAAGGCCUAAGGACUGGCUGAUAGAAUGACGAUGGCAUUACUGUAAGGCCUAGCUGGCGUUUGUCCUGGCACAGACGCACCGGAGCGAGGGGGACAAACCCAGCUAGCCGUGCUGCUCAUUGGAUAACGGCCGACAGACAUGAAGCUGCUGAUCUCUAACAGGAUGGACCCUAUUUUAUUUUAAAGUAAAAAAAAAAAAAAUUAUAUUUUUUUGUUAAUACUUGAAGAGGAACGCGUUGGGUUUUAGUGACGGCUGCACAGAGUUUCUUAUCGGGUCAUUUUUGGGUUUUGCAGACUGUCGGCUAUUUAAUCUUAAAUUUAUUAUUUUUUUUUUUUGUGUGGUGGAGACGGGUCUGGAAGCCCCAGCGGCAUUGGGUUCCGGAUACGUUUAAGGUGCAGCUGAAAGCGAAUACAAGGACUUGUUGUUGUUUUGCACAAUUUCAGGAAAUCUGCGGGAUGUUUUUGUAUAUGAGCGACGAAGCGUCUCGCUGCCUCCGUGACAUCCUCAUACGGACCAAGACUGGCGAAAUAAAUGGCUUUUUACCA